CAUUCAUUAAACGAAAACAUUGCCAUUCAAACCAGUGCCUGAAAGAUUCAGCACGUCUCUGAAUUCGCCGUAAGCCUCCACUGAAGACGCACGUUUUAGCUGGUGUAGAAAAGUAAAAAAUAAUUUAUUAUUUGUAAAAGUUUCACACCAACAUGACGGCAGAAAAAAAAAGUGAAAAAAAAAAACCAGUUGAAAACAACGAGCCUCGAAUAUCUUUUUUUCAAAUAUUCCGAUAUGCGACAUGGACAGAACGUCUGGCCACAUUUCUGGGCGUAAUUUUCGGACUCCUCAGCGGAGGCGGCGUGUGCUAUAACCUGGUACAGUUCGGCGAACUCAGCACAGCUUUUGUAGAAAGAACAAAAUAUGAAGAGGGACUCAAAAGUUAUUUGCCGCUGACACGAUUUUUCGGAGGUGGUCAGAUACUAGUGAAUGCAACUCGAAAACAGAAUUUGGAGGCUUUAGUAGAUGAUGGGAAAGCUAUGUGUGCGGGCAUGUUCGCGAGUAUCGCCGUAUCACUAUUAUUUUGUAUGCUGUCUACAGCACUAGUAGGUUGGAGCGCUCUGCGACAGAUAACCAGAAUCCGAAUGCAAUUCCUUACGUCUGUUUUUCGUCAAGAUAUGGCAUGGUAUGACACAGAUUCCGAAUUCAAUUUGGCUUCCACGAUGUCCGAAAAUAUGAUGAAGUUGAAGGAAGGUAUGGGUGAAAAACUCUCCGUUGUGUCAAAUUUAGUGGGCACCGCUAUCAUUUGCAUCUGCACCGCUUUCCCUCUCGGCUGGGAAUUGACUCUCGCUUGUAUCAGCGUUGUACCCUUCUCCAUUGCAGCUUCUGUAAUAUUAUCAAAAUAUCAAAUAAAUUCGUCUAUCAGAGAGAUGGAGUCGUAUAGUCAGGCCGGUAAACAAGCUGAACAGGUGCUCAAGUCCAUUAAAACCAUAGUAGCUUUUGGAGGAGAAACCAAAGAAAUAGAGAGGUAUCGACGGUUGCUAGAGCCAGCAGAGCGAUAUGGACGUAGAAGAGGUCUCUAUACUGGUCUGGGAACAGGCUUCAAUUGGGUACUUACUUACUCACUGAACGCAAUAGGACUCACCUACGGAACUAGGCUGGUUAUACAAGAUAAUGAUAAAAUUGGCGAUGAUCGGAGAUACAUAGUUGGAGUAAUAUUUAGUAUUAUGUACAGCGUAUAUAUGGCAACACAAUCAAUUACAUUCUGUGUUCCUCACGCGGAGGUCUUUGCUGCAGCACGUGGCGCUGCAGCUAGCAUUUUCCAUCUUCUUGAUCGAGUACCCAAAAUAGAUAGCCUUUCCAAAGAAGGAAUCGCCCCUCGUAGAGUUAUUGGAGAAAUAACAAUAGAGGACGUCUAUUUCAAUUAUCCUUCUAGGCCUGACGUUAAAGUUCUGAAAGGAUUUUCACUUCACAUCAAAGCUGGGGAAUGCGUUGCUUUAGUGGGUUCUUCUGGUUGUGGAAAAUCUACUAUAUUACAACUACUCCAGAGAUUGUACGAUCCUCAGUCUGGCAUCGUUAAACUUGAUGGAAAAGACCUAAAAAACCUCAACUUAAGUUGGUUAAGAUCUUCACUGGGUGUGGUAGGUCAAGAACCAGUAUUGUUCAAAGGGACGAUUCAUGAUAAUAUCGCUAUUGGUUGUCCUGAAGCAACGCGUGAAGAAGUUCAAAGGGUCGCUGAAAUCGCAUAUGCUCACGACUUUAUCACUCAUUUAACGAACGGUUACGACACAGUAAUCGGUGAAAGAGGUGCUUCCCUUUCUGGUGGGCAAAAACAACGUAUUGCUAUCGCAAGGUCCUUGUUACGUGAACCAGCUGUGUUGCUGUUGGAUGAAGCAACCUCUGCUUUAGAUCCUCAUUCAGAGAGACAAGUACAGGCAGCCCUGGAUAGAGCUAGUGUUGGAAGAACCACUAUCAUUGUCUCUCACAGAUUAUCUACCAUUGUUAAUGCCGACCGCAUCAUUUGUAUGGAUCAAGGAUGCAUCGUUGAAAGUGGCACUCAUGAUGAACUGAUGAAAGCAAAAGGAUUCUAUUUCAAGCUCGUUACAACUGGUAAUGAUAAUCAGGAGCCUGAUGUCAUAGAAACAUUACCUGAAGAAACGCCUGGAGAAGAAGAAGCGGACGCGCCCAUUGCCCCACGCCUUGACAUUAAAAGAAGAUCCAACAGAAGAGUCCAUAGACAUCACUCGAUGAAAAGGGAAUCCCACGACUGGAUGACGCCACGUGGCUCGAUCUGCUCAGUCAUGUCGACCGGUUUACAGAACUUCGUAUAUAAUGCUGAUUUUGAAGAUGAACCGGAAAAAGAUGAAGACGAUGAGGUAAAGUCGGUAAGCGACUGGCAGCUUUUGAAACUUAAUGGUCCUGAAUGGCCUUUACUGACAGUGGGUUCUAUAGCCGCCUUCUUACAAGGUGCCUGCUUUCCUGUAUUUGCUCUUCUCUUCGGUUACACUAGUGGUAUAUUUAUUCUUGAUAACAAUGACGAUAUCAUCUACCAAGCGGACUUGUACUCCGGACUGUUCGUUGUGAUCGCGGCUGUGGCUGGUAUCGCUAUGUGCUUGCAAGGUACAACAUUUACAUAUGCAGGCCUAAAGAUGACAACACGACUUCGGCAUCAAUAUUUCGCUGCACUUUUGAGACAGGAGAUCGGAUUUUUUGACAAAUCAACCAACGCUGUAGGAGCGUUAUGCUCUCGUCUUAGUGGUGAUGCUGCAGAAGUACAAGGCGCCACAGGACUUCGGAUAGGAUUAAUCCUGCAGGGGUUAAGCUCGGUUCUCGUGGGUUUCAUUAUGGCCAUCAGCUUUAACUGGAAACUGACGCUGGUUGGAACUGCUUUCUUGCCUCUUAUGGUUGGUAGUAUAUGGUUAGAAGGUAUAGUAUCCCAAAAGUCGCAAGCAAAUGAACGUGAAGCUAUGGAAACAGCCACUGCGGUCGCCACGGAAGCAGUUAUCAGCAUUCGGACUGUUCAAAGUUUAGGCGUUGAAAACGUUUUCCUGGAGAAGUUUAAGGAAGCGCUAGACGAGUCAUGCAUAGCAGUCAGCAGAAAAACACGUUGGCGGGGUCUGGUACUAGGAUUAGGAACAUACGUGCCUUUCCUGUCGUUUUGCAGUGCCACUGUUUAUGGUGCUGUUCUUGUUGCGAGGGAAGGAAUCGAGUAUAAGACCGUGCUUUUGGUAAAUGAAGCAAUAAUGUAUGGAGCAUAUAUGUUGGGCCAAUCGUUAGUAUAUGCACCGAGCUUCAAUUCAGCAAAAGCUUGUGGUGCCAGGAUCUUAGCGGUUAUCAACAGACAACCUAAGAUCAGGACCGAAAACGGAGUCAGGGACAAAAAAGAUUGGAUCGCAAGCGGAAGUUUUAAUUUCAAGGAUGUAGAAUUUAGUUAUCCGACGGCCCCUCACCACCGCGUGCUUCGUGGAUUAGACCUAAGAGUCGAAGCCGGCAAGACGGUUGCACUUGUUGGUGCUUCAGGAUGCGGCAAAUCGACAGUUCUGCAGCUUCUGCAAAGAUUCUACGAUCCUGAUACUGGAUGUAUCGAAUUGGACGACCGCGACACCCGAACCGGCUUGACUCUACCUCGGUUGCGGCGACAACUCGGUGUUGUACAACAAGAACCGGUGCUUUUUGAUCGCACACUCGCCGACAACAUCGCAUACGGUGAUAACAACAGGAGGGUUACCAUGCACGAAAUCGUCGCUGCCGCCAAAGCCGCUAAUAUACAUAGCUUCAUAGUAUCAUUGCCCAAGGGCUACGACACAAACUUAGGUUCGAGCGGUGCUCAAUUGUCUGGUGGGCAGAAGCAACGUGUGUGCAUAGCGAGAGCUCUCAUAAGAUCUCCGCGUUUAUUGCUACUGGACGAAGCUACGUCAGCACUAGAUGCCAACAGUGAACGGGCUGUUACAGAAGCUUUAGAAAAGGCAGCGCAAGGCCGCACAUGUAUUACAAUUGCACAUCGACUGUCUACUGUCAAGGAUUCAGACAUAAUCUGUGUUGUAGAAAAUGGUAAAAUAGUGGAGCGCGGAACGCAUACAGAGCUGGUCGCAAUGAAGGGAGUCUAUUGGAAAAUGUGUAAAGGCCAACAUGUCGCAUAGAACAUAAUUUUUAUUAAAAUAAAAAGCUGAAAUACCAAAUAUGUAUUUAAGGCAACUGCGUAGGUAGAUAGUAUUGUCUCAAUUUAAGUAGAAUAUAAGAACUGAUUUCUCUUAUUUGAAUUAGUAUUAACAAUUAUGUUGUUUAAUACACUCCUUUGCAAAAAUCGAAUAUUAUUGUAUAAAUUUCUAAAUAUUUCCACGGGCAUUCCCCGAAAUAGAAUAGAAUUUCGUGAAUCAAAAUAUCCCUUACAAAUUGAACAACUAAAUGUAUCGCGUUAGUAUUGUAAAUAAUUUUUUUGUCAAUUUUGGUUCCAUGUUUCUUUAGUGAAAAUAUUCUCUAUGUAACUUUAGUAAACAAGAAAAAAUUUAAUUUUAUUCGAUAAUAUACACUUAAUUAUUCGAAAAAUUUUAGUUUACUUUAAUUUUUGCAAAGGGGUUUAUAAUAUAAGUAAAACUUAAUGUAGGUAUAAGUUGCAUUUAUAAGUGUAACAGUUAUGGAAAUCGAUACAUAGCACUCAUUAAGCUCUGUCGUUCGAUUUCAACUCGUUACCUUUUCUGUUUAUUUCCCGUUAAUUUAUGAAUGAUGAUAACAUUUAUGAAAGUGUAUCAAUGUUUUUUUUUUAUUGAAUAAAAGACCCUGAUUGUCCGUUUUA